AUGGCGACAGGAUACGGCUCAGCCGCUCUGAUGGGAGGUGCAGCAGAUCCACGUCUUGGCGACGAGGCCGAUGCCAUUGGCAAAGGCCGUCAGGGCUCUGUGGCUGCGGAUGUGGUCAACGGUACCGUGGUUGCUCGCCGGGGCAGCAUGAUCUACGCCGACAACAGCAUCACGUUUGAGGACUACCACUACUGGGCCAACCGCUCCCGCGAGUAUGAGCAGACUAUCGAGACCAAGGGCGCUGGACUUUCCGGUGCCUUGAAGAUCUUCGCCGGUUCUGGCAAGCAUGCCGACCAACCUGUGCAGAACAUGGAGAUGACGGGUAGCGACAGUGACCGCAACGACGAGAAGCACAGCGGAGCAGCACCCGAGAGGGGAUACGGCAUAUCUGAGUCGGAGUGGGAUAACGCGCAGCGUGCUGUGAGAACUGCUACCUGGGGCUCGGUCUUCUAUCUGAUUACGACUGAUAUCCUUGGACCUUACAACGUACCAUGGGCAAUCUCCCAGAUGGGCUACGGACCAGGCUUUGCCUUGUACACCGUGUUUGGUGGCAUGGCCGCAUACUCUGGCUGGCAGCUAUGGAGGAUCUUCGUCGGCCUGGAUUCUACACGCUACCCGCUCCGAAACUAUGGUGAUCUUGCUUUCCGUGUGUUCGGUUCCUGGGCUCGCUAUAUCUGCAACAUUCUCCAAAGCUUCCAGUUCUUCCUCAACGUUGUCUUGAUCAUCGUUUCCAACGGACAGGCUCUUGGCCAAAUGACUGGUGGUGCAUCCGGCGGGAAGCAACUUUGCUUCGUCCUUUGCCAAGCCAUCUUCAUGCUCUGCGGUUUUGUUCUUGGACAGAUUCGAACGCUUCAACGCCUGUCGUUCCUCUCCAAUCUCGCUAUCUGGCUGAACGUGAUCGUGAUCAUCAUGGUAAUGGCUGUGGUGCACAAGUACCCACCAAAUUACGCAGCUGCGGCGGCAUCAGGCAUCGAUAUCACCCAGCCCAUCAUCACGACCGCCAAUUGGCCACCCGGCCUCGACCUCAGCAACUACAUCAAUGGUCUGAUGAACUGCGUUUUCGCUUACGGUGGUGCCACUCUGUUCAACGAGCUCAUGGCUGAAAUGAGACGCCCUAUGGACUUCUGGAAGGCCCUCUUGUGCGCCGACAUCUUCAUCUACGCCGUCUACCUGAUCAUGGGAAUGGUCGUCUACUCUGCCCAGGGACAAUUCACCUACCCAGUCGCCUACCAGGGCAUUCCUGCCUCUGCCUACCAAUGGCAGACGCUGGGUAACGCGAUCUCUUUCAUCUCCGCCCUGAUCGCUGCACUUUUGUACGGCAACAUCGGCAUCAAGGUCAUCUACGCCACGGUUCUUCGUGAUAUCUUCAGGUUCCCAUCUCUCGACAAGAAAAUGGGCAAGAUCAUCUGGGUUGUUCUGAUCCCAAUUUACUGGGGUCUCGCCUUCGUCAUCGCCGCGGCUGUCCCUCAGAUCGCGAAUAUGACUGCCUUCGUUGGUGCCGCUUGCAUUCUGCAGUUCACCUACACUUUCCCACCAAUUCUCAUGAUCGGCUACAGAGUACAGAAGGCCGCCAUGGUGGAGAGCGAAGACUUCGACCCCGCCACUGGUCAAGCCCAGCGCAUCGACAAUGGCAACAAGCGCUGGAUCCGUGGCUACAUGAAGAACCCGAUCAUCAACACCUUCGACUUCUUGUACUGCCUAGGUGCGUUUGCAUCUGCCGGCCUGGGAAUUUGGGCCAGUGUCAUUUCGAUGCACAAGACAUACUCUACGACAGCGGUCACUGCCUUCACCUGCCUGAACCCAGCUGGUUAG